GGUUGUGAUAACCUGUGAAAAUGUUUCCACGGCUAGUUUGUAUUAAUGAUUAUGAAGAACAUGCUAAAUCAGUACUUCAGAAGUCUGUAUAUGACUAUUAUAGGUCUGGGGCAAAUGAUCAGGAAACUUUGGCUGAUAAUAUUACAGCAUUUUCCAGAUGGAAGCUCUAUCCACGGGUGCUGCGGAAUGUUGCUGAAAUUGACCUGUCAACUUCUGUUUUAGGACAGAGGGUCAGCAUGCCAAUAUGUGCUGGGGCCACCGCCAUGCAGUGCAUGGCUCAUGUGGAUGGGGAGCUUGCAACUGUGAGAGCCUGUCAGACCCUGGGAACUGGUAUGAUGCUGAGUUCCUGGGCCACCUCCUCAAUUGAAGAAGUGGCAGAGGCUGGCCCUGAGGCACUUCGCUGGCUGCAACUGUACAUCUACAAGGACCGGGAGGUCACCAAGCAGCUAGUGAAGCGAGCUGAGCACAUGGGCUAUAAAGCCAUAUUCGUGACUGCAGACACACCUUACCUGGGCAACCGCUUUGAUGACGUGCGUAACAGGUUCAAGCUGCCACCACAACUCAGAAUGAAAAAUUUUGAAACAAAUGAUUUAGCAUUUUCUCCUAAAGAAAAUUUUGGAGACAACAGUGGACUUGCAGCAUAUGUGGCAAAAGCAAUAGACCCAUCUCUCAGCUGGGAAGAUGUUAAAUGGCUCAGAAGACUGACAUCACUGCCCAUUGUCAUGAAGGGUAUUUUAAGAGGCGAUGAUGCUAGGGAGGCAGUUAAACAUGGAGUGAAUGGAAUCUUGGUGUCCAAUCAUGGGGCUCGACAACUAGAUGGAGUACCAGCCACUAUUGAUGUCCUGCCAGAAAUUGUGGAGGCUGUGGAAGGGAAAGUGGAAGUUUUCCUGGAUGGGGGUGUGAGAAAGGGUACAGAUGUUCUGAAAGCCCUGGCUCUAGGUGCUAGGGCUGUGUUUGUGGGGAGACCCAUCAUCUGGGGCUUGGCAUUCCAGGGUGAGAAAGGUGUUCAAGAUGUCCUUGAGAUACUCAAGGAAGAAUUUCGGUUGGCUAUGGCUCUGAGUGGGUGCCAGAAUGUGAGAGUCAUCGACAAGACAUUGGUGAGGAAAAAUCCUUUGGCUGUUUCCAAGAUCUGACAGUGGACAAUAUUUUCCCAUCUGUUUUAUUUUUUUCAGCAUGUAUUACUUGACAAAGAGACACUGUGCAGAGGGUGACCACAGUCUGUAAUUCCCCACUUCGAUACAAAGGGUGUCGUUCUUUUCCAACAAAAUAGCAAUCCCUUUUAGUUCAUUGCUUUUGACUUUUCAAUGGGAGUCCUAGGAACCUUUUAGAAAGAAAUGGACUUGCAUCCUGGAAAUAUAUUAACUGUUAAAAAGAAAACAUUGAAAAUGUGUUUAGACAACGUCAUCUCCUGGCAGACUAAAGUGCUGGGAAACAAAAGAUAUCUUUUGGUAAAAUAGAAGGUAGUGAAUACUGAAGUUAAAAGAUAAUGAUCUCACUGUUCAUUACCCUACAUUAUGCUUAGAUAGCCUCAAAACAGUGGCUCCUAAAUUGUAAGCUCAGGUUGGAAUGUUGGAAAUGCCUGGGGAAACAUGAGAUUUGAAUUCCCAACACAGAAGGUAGCACUGGGUAGAAUGGGAAUGGAUGGUGGUAGUU